ACGGAGCCCGUACUAACGCAGCAACAAAGGAAACGAAAACGUGGGCCCGCUCGAUGCAUUGAGUUUGAGAAGGUGCGAAAGAAUGGGAAAGUACUUUUAAAGAUAAAUGAUGGUGAGACUGCCCCUUGUUGUGAUCAUGCCCCUAUGUUCACAACAUGAGUAGCAUGGAUUGUGAAACAAUAUUGUGACAUGAGUUAUGCCCGAUGGACUGAUGUCCCACAAGCGAUGAAAGAGGAGCUAAUUGACCGUGUUCGGGCUGACUUUGUGUUAGACUGGGAAAGGGAAAACCACCGGUUGACGGUGACAAAGGCACUUCGUAAGCGCUUCAACUCUUUCCAUCAUGACUUGCACAAGAUUUACCAAUCCUUUGGAAGCCAUGAAGAAGCUUUAGCUAAUGGCACAAGCAUGGUGGACCCACUUGUAUGGGUGAAGUUGUGUGGCAGGUGGGGCAGUGAUGCCUUUAAGAAAAUGUCAUCUCAGAACCGGGAGAACAGAAAGAAGCAAACAAUUAAUCACACAGUAGGACGUAAAUCAUUCGUCCAGAUACUUGAGCAAAAGGUAUGA